AUGCCUCGUCUCGUGCGCAAGGCGCCGCUCAGCGAACGCAUCAAGACGUACCUGGACCCCUCCGACUGGGCGCUGUGGAUAUCAGAAGAGCUGAGCGGCAGUGGUUGGGAGGACCUGGCUGCUUCUUAUGCGCUCUACAUUGGUCUCGGCGCAAACCUCGCCUUCAUCGUCGCCCAAGCCAACACCGGCGCCUCCAACAGCUUCGACAACGACGGCGUCUUCAGAGAAGCGUCCGGCCCCGGCUGGCUCAGCUGGCUUGCGAACCUGCUGGUGCUGAUGCUAUCUGCUGCAAGCUGUGCCAACGCCUGGCUUGUAUACAGUAAGAAGAGGCACUACAGGCUGUUUGAGCAGCCCAUCGAGACUACGCCCACGACCCCAUCUGCGAAGCGCGUGAGAGUCGACUCUUCGCCGGCAGGAGCGUCGCCGUUCAGCUACUUGCGCAACAUUGCCCAGCGCAACUCGGCAGCGGCGCGCGCGCAUCCAGACGCAACACGGGACGUGUGGGAGAUCGCUGUCUGGGACCCCAAUCCGCUCUGUCUGGAGCUGUUCUGCUUGUUUAGUCCUCUGCACGUUGCGCUCUACUAUCUCAACCUGCCGGUCGCGCAGCUCGAUCCUCGUCCCAGCGUCAGGGCUGUAGCUACCAUCUUCAUUGGCCUGGCUCUGUCUCUCCACUUGUCGCUCCUGCGCUCCUCGUUCACCCAGCAGAUCAAGGACAACAACAUCAUCAGCCGCCAGGUUCUGCACGAGUACGACAGCAAAUAUGUUCACCCUUCGCUGCAAAGGCCAUCUCGCGAUGUAGGCAUUCAGACGAUAUCGAAGAAGCGCAAUAGAGACUCGAGCGUCGGCGUCAAGGGCAGCCCUCACGAUCUGGCGAGCGAAGUCACCACCUACACACCGCGCACGAUUGUCAACAAAAAAGUGUUCCUUACCAACCCCAACUCGAACUACAAGGGCCAGUACGACCCGGACAAUCUGUCGCUGGGCCACACCCCUUCGCGAAGUGCCAAACGCCCCACCUUCACGUCCGCCCACUCUUCUUACACCUCGACCGCAUCUGACGCACGAGACGAUGAAGACCUCUCGUCGCCCAUUCGCCCGUCACAAACACCAAACCCCUUCCGCCGCGCACCGUCCAUAGCCCGUACGAGCGGUGAUGGCGGCAGCUUGGGUGUCUAUACACACGCUGCCUCCCCACUUCGCAAAUCGGCAAGUGCGAACUACCUCGGCGAUACCGAAGAGAACAACAGAUUCCGCGAUCAGCCGAAGCUGAGCUUGAGCGACCGUUUCGGCGUUGCGAGCAGAUCCUCCACUCCUAGGCUGGAGAAAAGUAGAGAUGCCACUGGCGUAACGAGAGAUAAACGGAGCUUGGGCACAAGCUCAGCGAGUCAGACACUGAGUAAGAGGGACGGGAGUCCUUUAAAGAGAGUGAAUAUGUCGAACGGGGAGGCAAGGCCGAGCGGGUACGGGAAUCUGGGCGUUGGAAGGAGGGAGAGUGGACGGUACUGA